AAUCUUACUCUACUAAAUACUCUAGGAGUAGGCACAUUCUUUAGAGCUUAUAUGCGACAAGAAAGCGUACUAGAUCUCACUUUUGCAACAAAUAAUAUAGCAACUAGUAUCCAGGACUGGCAGACUAUACCUAAAGUAGGAUCUAAUCACCACGCUAUACUGUUUAGUAUUAGCACUCAUAGCUAG